AUGUUCGGGUCAAUAACCAAGAAAUCGUAUGUUGAUUUGCGUCAAUUCGGUGGGUAUGUAUCCAGUUGCCGUGGGAAAUCAAUCGAGUUGGAGAUUGAGCGAGAUCGAAACGGAGCCGUAGAGCGAAUGAAAACGCAGAUUGAAAUUCCAAUGGAAGGAAGUUUGGGGUAGGAACACGGAUGUAGUAUGAGUGUAGAAUCCAUUUUGUACCAUUGUUGUGAGGAUCAAAGAAUUGGGAAAGUGUAAAUGUUUAGAAGCAAUGAAUGAAUGAAUAAGAUUGUA